AUGUCUUCCCCGAUUCGCCCUCAGUUCUUUUGUACUCGCCCAAAUGGCACCCUCACCCCCCUCGUCGCUGUGGACGAGCUGCCCGCGCAUAUAUCCAUUCGCGGUGCUCCUCGUGUACUCUCGGCAAGUGAAACUCAAGGCAUGACUAGUCUGGGAACUGUGGGCUCGAGAAUGCAAUCCUACAUCCUCGAAGGGGCUCACCCAAGUACCACACGCUCGUCAGCCGCUGCCACACCCGGACAUCGCUCCCGCGACAUCGAUGUACAGUCGGCUCUUGCGCGACUUGCUGCCGAUGAGAGUAUUCCGCAUAGCCAGAGACUUGUCAUUACCGCGCUACUGCAGCAUGGUGCUGCGCACAACUUGCUUGCAACACCUCCAUCGUCCGGCGGCUGGCUGGUUCCAACCAACAGCGCGAAUCCUACAGGAAACGGAGCUACUAGACAGAGCCCCCACUUCAACUCGAAGAAAGAAUACUGCUCUUAUUGGAUCCGUCAUGGCGAAUGCGACUAUCAGCAACAAGGAUGUCUCUAUAAGCAUGAGAUGCCCCAUGAUCUGGCAAUGUUGGAAAAGCUUGGCCUGCGCGACAUCCCUCGUUGGUAUCGCGACAAGUACAAUAUUCCCAGCCUUCUUCCCAACGGACAUGGGCAUCCUCGCGCUCAUCUCAGCCAUGCGCUUCCUGCAGUCGACAGCAUUCCUUAUAGGCCGAUCCAAUAUCAUCAGCGCAUCGGUAUCAACGAGGUCUUUGACGCCCCCGAGGCCAAAAAUGAAGAUGAGCAGGAUUUCGCAAACCACCUUUCCAGUCAGCAAGCAUCGUUGGCACUUCCUCAUAGACUCGCUUUGACAGCAAUCGACACAGCGAAGGCUCCUAAGGCUCAGCGGGUGGAUUCAAAGCACAUUUCCGGUUCCAAAAAUGGGACUUCCAGAAAGCUUGAUCUCCUGGCUUAUGAUUCGGUUCCGGAUUACCAGGGUCAUCCAGGCUUGAGUGCUGUCAACGGAAAUAACUCUCCUGCCUUUGAUUUCCCACAUCUGCAGGACAAUUCUGCUUACGAGAAUGCUGACUUCGACCCUUUCAAGACCACUUCCAAGGACUCGCACAAAGCUUACAGUAACAUGCGUCCUAUGCUGAUGAAUCCUUGUGUGGAUCCGGGUUUUCCGCCUCAGGGACGUUUCAAAAAGACACAGAGGUCCCGGCGCCUGUUUCAACCUCGAUCGCAGGCUUCCAUGGGAGAGUCGAGCUCUGAGAUGGAGGAACGAGUAGCUAUGGCGAGCUAUUCCAGCCAGACCACUCUUCCGUCUAAUUGCACAUCGCCUGCCUCUAGGGUCACCUUUGGGAAUUUCAGUACUGACAUGGCGCAUGCUAAUACCUGCCUCAUGCAGGGAUGUGCCGCAUCCGAACCACAUACUCGCGAUGCUUCUCCUUCAACCCACUCCAGUGCUGUCUCUUCGGAGUCCAGCCCUGGGAAUCGUUGCAAUCGCGUCAAGGGCAAGAUUUCCAAGCCGGUUCCUGGAGCCAUUGGCCAGAAGGUCUAUCGUCAGCGCUCUGUCGCGUCAUCCGAGGAUGACUUUUUCGGCCUAUCCAUGGAAGAGGAGAAAUAGAGUCACUACUUCAUUGGCGACAAUCGGAGAUGUGGUUCACUUCAAAUGAAUUUCAGGCUUGCCUCCAUUUGAUCUGAAGUCCGGCUUGUCUUUUGUCACCCCCCACAUACUACAAGAAACAUGCGACAUGGCCGGCUGCUGCGAUACUUUCUAACUAUGAUAUGAUACACGGGAUCUCCUCUGGG